AUGCCAGCGUCACGCUGGCGAGAUGACGGGCUCUGCCGCCGUGCCUUCCCGUGCAGCGUCGCUCCCUGGCCGGAGAGAUCGGCGCAGGGAAGGCCUUGCCGAGGAAAGGCCGUUCGGUUAUCAGUUGCGCACCGAUCGGCGCCAUGGCGCGUGAGUCCCCACGUGGCCUUCCUGUUCUUCGUGGUCGUCUUGGUGGGAUGCAGCGUCCAGAAUGGAGUGCACCGAAGUGGACCAGAAGCCCGAGGCACGGCAACAAACUGGCUGCGGAGUCCUGGCCGCGAACGCGAGGUGAUGUCCAGCUCACCAUGGGGGGUCAUCUCGGCGGCAGCCUCCUCGCAUCCUGGGGAGGAAGUUGUCCAAUUCAAGAAGGACCAGCUGGAGAGAGAGGAAUCUCGGGAUCCCUGGCCGGCCUCCUCCGCGCGGGGGAGCGCAGGCGACGAGCGCGGAGCGACGGGGAAGGAGAAAAGAGUCCGAGUUGAAUCGAAGAGAGGAGCCAGCCGUCUAGAGUCGUCUCCAGCGGAAAGUGGGAUCGCCGUGGGGAAGGGAAACGGCGGAGGAAAGAGGGCGGCAGCCGGCAUUGACUCCACAAACGCACAGGAAGGGAGGACUUUCGCUCCUAACCCCCAGGACAACGGCAUUGCUGCCGCGCCGUGUGCGCAUGCGGCAAAGGUGGAAGAAGGAACGGCCACGGAGUUAGGUCAGCUGAGCGGCGUUUCACUGCCCGCUCGUUCGGCAUCCAAAGAGGCCUCGCCUGUUCGGGCGCAAAAGGCUCCUGAGGACUCAAAUGCGGCGGGAACUGGCCCCUGGAGACGGCUCGCCAGCGUGGACGAAGAGACCGGGGACGCGACGGGCCUUCCUUCUGUCAAAGAGUUGGAGCCUUCGGAGGGCGCCGGAACGCGCGCAAGGCUCGAGGGUUCCGGGGAGGCACCGGACCAGCCAGCGAAGACGAGCCCUCGGAAGGCAGGAAGGGAGACGCCGGCGAGCAAGGAACGCGUUCCGAGGGAAGGGACUGCAGUUGCUAAGACGAAGGCCAAGCGAAGGCGUGGGAAAGCCCGGAGCAGGAGACUCCCACCGGGCCAGAAUAAGCGGGGAAGUCGCUUGAAGGCAAGAGCGAGAGAGCCUGCCAGGGGAGUGAAGGCGGCGCGGAGACGCAAGGCCGUUUCAAAGCCUCGGGCUGGGUCGAGUCCGCGAUUCCCUUCGGGGAAGCCUAGAGCAGACGCAGCCACUCAGCGAGGCCGGGCAGAGACCAGCAACCAGGAGCAAUCACUCGAUGAGAGUCGCGUCGGGGAUGGCCAAACAGUUUCGAAAAAAAACAGGAAAGGCCGAAAGAAGACCCGGAAGGGCAGAGGCAAGAAAGGGGCGGCAGCGCUCCCUGCUGUCCCUGGGCGCCAGGCAGAAAGCCAAGAGAGCGGCGAUUCCGUGAAGGCAUCUGAGCUGUCGUCCAUUGACGAGGGCGGAAGCAGUUCGCCAGCGGUUCCCGUCGAGCUCUUCCCGCAAGGCCGUCUCUCUGGGGAGACAUCCGUUCGGAAAGGUGAAGCCACGCCGACGGCCUCGCUGGCGGCGGAAACUGAGGUGGAAGACGACUCCGCGUCGCGUGUGGAAAGAGCCGUGGAUCGGGCCGCUGCGGAAAUCGACGCAGAGGUUGGGGGCUUGCUCGAGCAGAUGCGCAUCAUCGAACCCCCAGUCGCGGGUCUCCGCCGAGGCCUCAGCGGCCUUCUGCUCGCCUGCUUUCUUCUGCCGGCUUUCCACUACCGCGAGUCGACGCUGACUUCCGAGUUCAACGACUUGGGGACUCAGCGCGAAGCGCUGGCGGGGUCUGUGUUUUUCGGGCUCCUGCUUUACGGAGUGAAGAAGUUGCAGGGGUUCUUCGACAGUUUCUCUCGGCAGCGACAGUUCAGGAAGAGUCUCGCUCGCAUUCGCGCCGCGUACCUUCGAAAGCGACACUUUGCCCUCACAGCAGCCUCCGUCUCCGCCGCCGACCGAAAAAGGUACAGGAGCAAUCCGGUGCUCAGGCCCCUGGACGCCCCGAGGAACUUGGUGACUUUCCCGGGUGGCCGGACGGAAGCGAACGGGGGCGCCGCAGGGACUGUUCGCGAGAGUGGCUCAACGAGACAAGGUGCGGAGACGGAGGGCGCAAACAGUCAAGCCGUCGGGGGAACUGGAGAAGCGAAGCGUUUCGCGGAGCCUGCCCCUGGUUCGACGGAAGGAUGCAUGCAAACAGAAAGGGUUCCGCGUCCGGAAAGAGGCGAAAACCAAGCGCCUCCACAAGAGGAAGUAGGACAGCUACAGGAAGCGGGGGGAGGCAAUGCAGGAAGCAAAGGCGGCCAAACACUGGCAACCGUGCAGCCGGACGGCGAGCGGGAGGCGCUGCGAGAAGCGAAGGAUCCCGACGCAGAGUCGUCUCAAAGAAGGGCGUCCUUCGAGCGACAGCCGAGUGUCGGAGACGAGCAGGAGGGGGAGACGUCUGAUGAAGCAAGCGGGGGAAAGAAAGGAACCUUGCAAACAAGCGAACAGACGCCUCUCGAGGUUGGCCUCAACGUGUCGGACUCAGGCUUGCCUUCGCAGACGAGCACACACUCAGUCCGCCAGCGGUCUUCAGCAGACUUCAACCUCGUUGACGAUUCCAUGAGUCAGGAGAUGCGGGCGACGCCUUUUCACGUUCGGGAGGAAUCCGAAUCGUCGGAGUUGUCUUCGCCCCACCCUGGAAAGAAAGCGUCUUGGGUUUUUCCUGCGCAGAGUCCUCCGCUGCGUGGUCGCGAGAAUCGAAGGCGCGAGAAACACGGCUCCGCGCCAGCGCCCAAGGCUAAACUUGGUGAGCCCAAGGAGGAGGCCUUCCGCGACGCUUCGGCAGAGGCAGGGGCGGACACGCGGAACGUAGGGUCCCGGGAGACGGGCAACAAAAAGGCUGUUGAGGCGGAGGCGAAGCCCGACCAGCAGGCAGGCCGUCACGGGAGUCUGAUGGGGAUAAUCAAAAGAAAGGACAAAAGGCUCGGGUCGGCGGAGAAAGAGAGCCGCAGGCAUCGGUGGGGCUCCUGGCUGGGUGCUCUCGAAAGGAACCUGAGAAAGCACGUGAGUGGCGAACCGGAGUUAACGGGGCGGAGCGCGAAGGACACGCCUCUCACACCUGCCUCCAGCGGGUCUUCGACCCCCAGCCGGCAGGCGAGGUUUUCGACAGCUGAGACGAGUGCUGCGUCUCCAUCUGUCUCCCAACAGGAUUUGGGAGCAGCGAAAUCCACCUUGGGCCUUUCCGGGCGCCAGUCGCCCCGCGCUGCUCUCUCGGUUGCGUCGAAUUCGAACGACGAAGCGACAGACGAGUUCGGCGCAGGCCUCGUUCUGGUUGACACGAGAAAGAGCGACUUCAGUGCAGGCGCCCUGGAGAGACCGGCUGCCUACGGGGGGCCUUCUCAAGAACAGACUGUGAAGGACGCGCUGCAGAUGGCGAAAGCGGAGCUCCUGGACCAGGCGCUCGACGCCAUAACUCUACGGCACUUGUACCCUCUCCGCGGGAUUUUGGGCAUCACCACCGUCCUCCUCAGCUUCUUGUACAUCCUGAUGAGCCGGAUGGGGCCGGAAUCGAGUCGCGCCGCCUCCGACACUGUCGCAGACCCCGCCGUGCUGGUGUGCUUGGGAGUCACCUUGUUUGUCUCGCUGAUUCGUUUGAGGCGAAGCACGAAGACGCGCGAUGACCAGCGAGCGUUGAUGGAGAAGCGGCGGCAGCAGAAGGCGCGGAAUUUGCUGCGGAAAUACGCGGAAGAACCCGAGGCUUGGCGGCAACAGCGCAUCAGAUCGGCCCCUAUGGUCUACGCCUAUGACGGCCCACGAGGCGACACGAGCUUCGCGGGCGGGUCUGACGCGCCGGCGGCUCCGGCCGCCACCUUCGCCGAGGGACACAGACAGAACCUGAGCACCGACCGACUCCAGAGGCGAGGUCUCCGGGACUGGGUUAGGGGGAGGGAAAGGCGAGAAGGACAGGAGGAAAAAGGAGAGAGAGAGAGACACAUCGUCGCUUUCCUGGGGCUAGAAAGAGACUCGGCACCAGAAACGCCCCCGGACGAGGGACUCCUCCCACAGAGCGGGUGGACAGCGAAGAUCAUGCGGGGGCUGCGACGGCGUCUCAAGCACGCGGAAAAACCCACCGUCGAGACGCCUGAAGAAGGGACCGAAACGCAGGAAAGCGAGAUGUCCUACAACCCCGACCUGGCGCUGUCAGAAGCCACGGCGGGGGGGGAACUGGCUGCGUGA